CAGAAAUGGACAUCAUUGGGGCCCAGAGCUGGACAGAAUUGAAAGCAUAAUUUGCAGAGAAAGAUUUGUCAUAUAACCUGCAGCCUUCGCCGGAGCCGAGGAUGCCAAACUGGGGAGGAGGAGCCAAGUGUGCGGCCUGCGAGAAGACGGUUUACCACGCCGAGGAGAUCCAGUGCAACGGCCGGAGCUUCCACAGAACCUGCUUCAUCUGCAUGGCUUGUCGUAAAGGUUUGGACAGCACUACAGUUGCAGCACACGAGUCUGAAAUUUACUGCAAAUCCUGCUACGGGAAGAAAUACGGUCCGAAAGGUUACGGGUACGGCCAGGGUGCUGGAGCGUUGAGCUCUGAUCCCGUCAAUGACGAAGAACCUCAGCCUCAAGAGCCCAAAGCUCCCCGUCCUGCAUCUGCUAACUCAAACAAGUUUGCGCAGAAGUUCGGGAGUACGGACCGCUGUCCCCGCUGCUCCAAAGCGGUUUAUGCAGCAGAGAAAGUCAUGGGUGCUGGAAAGCCCUGGCACAAAACCUGCUUCCGCUGUUUAUUGUGUGGGAAGAGCCUGGAGUCCACUACAGUGACGGAUAAAGACGGAGAGCUCUGCUGCAAAGUUUGCUAUGCCAAAAACUUUGGUCCAAAGGGGCGUGGCCUGGGGAACCUGGGUGUGGUCGAGGAGAAUGACUGACAAGUUUAGUCCGACCCCAAUGCAGCCGCUUUUUCACAGCACACAUCUGAAAAGGCUUGAAUGUGCCUUGAGGAUUUUUAUUUUAUUUUUUUGCUCAAUAACAGCAUUGAUCAUCUAAACAUUUAACGAAUAAAAGAGCACAAAAUGAAUUAAUGGACUAAUUAGCUAUGCAGCUUUACAGUUUUAAUGUAUCCGAAGCUCAAUUCGGAUAAAAAAAAUAUCCUACUCUCCACAGGAAAUAAAAGACUUCUGGUCCAUCAAAAGCUGUUUGUUGUGUGCAGUGAAAAGGCAGCUUUAUCCUUGCAGUGAGCUGAAGUGUGUCAGUUACAAAAGAAUUGUAAUUGUCCUCCAGAGAUCAGAUAAAAAAAAAAGAUGCCACCCAAACCUCACACCGUUGGUGAACCAGCGUUCUUGGUGAUUAAGCAGUAUUAUGUUGUGAUGGUGCAAAAUGUUUACACUUUAUGAAAACCUCAUCCCUCUAUCCCUUCAUGUUAAAGGUGCUGUAUGCAGGGGUUGACACCGAGUGGUCAAACUAGGUAUCGCAGUACAAAGUCAAACGCGAACGCAUGUUGCCAGAUUUCCGCUCAGACCGCUGUCGCUUGGCAGCUUCCAUGGCUGAAAUAAAAAAUACUUUGUUUUGCGCCAACUGGCAACCCGUUGUGUCGAAACACGAUUGGGUAAACUGCCGGUGGGCGGGUUUUCACAAACCAAAACAGAAGCUGACAUCCCGGACCGGAAAGCACUUUUUCAAAGGAGGAUAACAGACUAGCAUUGUUUUUCAGAUAAACAAGUAUGUUUGCAGAUAUUUAAGAAACACGCUAUAAUGGUAUUUCUAUGCUUUAGUAGAGUCAAAAUCCUACAUACAGCACCUUUAAGUCGGGGCUGGGGAAAGUAUUUUAAUUAAAUGUACACACUUCAGCUUAAGAAUCGUAUCUACUGUAAAUGUAUGUCGUACGUCGAGGCAUAAAAACAGAAAUAAAGAAUAAAAGAUGUGUUAUUGAUCACUGAUUCAAAGACGUUCAGUAACUAUGAAAAUCAACAGAAUGAUUUCUGAAGACCGGAGUAAUGAUGCUAGAAAUUCAGCUUUGCAUCACAAGAAUAAAUUAUAUUACAAAAUUGAUAGUUAUAUUCAAAAACGAUAUAUUUUAUAUGCUUAUAAAUAUGUCCCAUACUCCA